AUGUCGUUCCCAACUAGGCGGGUAUCCGUAUCGACCAAGAGAAAGGGAACAGCGACGAGCUCAAAAGUGUCCACAGGACAUCGGGACAUCCGGGGAUCCUUUGCUUCUCCAGAACCGCAGGACACAAAACAACAGAGCUCCUCCACCCCCCAGCCUGCGCAACCUCGCCAAACCAAGCCUUUUCCAGAGACAUCGCCAGAAGACCCCAACAUAUUGAUAUCGAUCACACAACAUCAUCAAUCCACCCACUCGACGCCACCUGUCGUCUCGCCAAGCCGUUUAACUCGAAAGAGAGUCAAGCAGCAGCGUGAGCAAGAAUCAAAGCCGCCUUCAAUCGGGAACCCGACGCCACCAACCUUGAGGAAUACCAAGCGCAGGAAUUCACAAGCCCAACCUCCCAUUCUCGACAACGUUACUACACGCUGGCGCCACUUGACGAGAGGCAUACCCGCACCGGACGAGCUGGGAGAAUCAAAGGCCACGGAAAGCAAGAGUCGCAAAUUGACUGACUGCGAUACUACCAUGACUAUCCCCUUCGGUGCUCCGGGGCAAAAGACUGUCACACCAUCGGCUCCAGUUGGUGGCAACGAGAAAUGCUUCGGCCAGGAUGGCCCAAACGAGACGAUGGGGCUGCACCAGAUCGAGAGCAAGAGCAGCACCAGUCGGACCAAGAAGACGGCGACCCGAGGCCAAAGGUAA